AGUCCUUGAUGACGAUAAUUUCUCAAGCAAACAGGUAAACAACUAUAUAAUCACUAUGGCACUAGGUGGACCAGCAGCAGGCGGACCACUCACACCGACUGAGCACUACGUGGCGGAGGUUCAAUCACACGAUUUCUUCCAGCUUUAGAAGAUGGAGGUGUCACUGAUAGAUACGAAGCCCUCGCACCUGGUGGUGGUGCUCCUGGUGCUGACGGCACUGCAGCACUGCGUGGCGCAGGAUGAGACUCCGACAUUCAGCAACUGCUACGGGCGGCAGUGUGAAGUUGGAGAGUUUUGUAGUCAAAGUGAACCUUUCCACGGCUGUCGCUUGUGUACCGAGGUGUCUGUCUGGUGCACGCAAAAUAUCAGUCAUGUCAGAGAGAAGUUCUCUACCUGUCUGACUGUUUGUGAACUUUUACUUGCAAAACGUGACAUCAAGACUAUGCAAAGUGAGGAUGGGAGAGAUGAAAGAGAGCAUAAGACACCUCGAAUAUACAAGGUUGGCAAAUAAAAUCAAAAUCCGCUUUUAAGGACAAUUAAACUAUUUGUUUUUGGGUGUCGAAUAUCUUAUCCUCGUCUUCGCCUUACAGCAAAGAGCAUGCUAAAACUGUCAACUGUGUGUUACUGGGUGGAUGGGUAGGGGAGUGCUGAUCCUGGCACCACGGGUUAUUGUGUGGAAAGACCUACUAGCUUGUCAAACGUUUAGAUAUGAUUAUCUAUAAUCUCACAUCGGAAAUUCCCGCAGUGCAUAAUGAUGCGUUAAGCGACUCGCCCUGUAUCCGGAUG